CCCAUUCGCUUCGAUUAGCUGAACUCAGAAAGAUUACAUGGCAAACAGACGAAAAGUUGUUGGUGCAGCACUACCGUGAGCUCAAGAUCAUUUGGAUCGGUGUUUUUCUUCUCCUAGACGAUACAGUGAAAUUAGCAGUAAAAUGACGCACUUUCUUGAAUUAGUUUCCCUAGUAUUAGCAGUUAGUUUAGUUUUCAAUAUCGAUUCAGCUUAUGCCGCCAGAAAUAACAAGUAUGUCACAUGUGGCUCGGUUCUUAAGCUACUCAACACGGACUACCAGGUGAGGUUGCAUUCGCACGAUGUCAAGUACGGAACAGGAUCCGGACAGCAAUCGGUUACCGCCACCGAGAUACAGGAGGAUGUCAACAGCCACUGGGCAAUCAAGGCAGCGACCGGAAAGCACUGCGAGAGAGGAGAACCAGUAAAAUGUGGCGAUGUCAUUCGGCUGCACCAUUUGGCAACGAACAAAAACCUACAUUCGCAUAAUUUCCAGAGUCCUCUGUCCGGAAACCAGGAGAUCUCCGCCUACGGCGAUGAGCGUGGAAUUGGUGACUCGGGUGAUCAUUGGUUAAUCGUUUGCUCGGGUGACUCGUGGCAGCGUAAUACUCCGGUGAAGCUGCGACACACCGAUACCGAUAUGUAUCUGUCCAUAUCGGGGCGGACUUUCGGCCGUCCGAUCAAUGGGCAGAUGGAGGUAGUUGGUAUUUCGAAUCCGUACUCGGGAACCGAUUGGUCUGCCGCCGAAGGCCUCUUCAUCCAUCAAUCGGAGAACGAGAGUGCUCCAAGACAUACGGAGCUGUGAGGCGACGAAGGUUCAAACGGCUAGAGCAAUGUGCGAAGCACAACGAGUGGGUGGGAAUGGGUUUGUCUGAGUGUGUGAGGAAUGUCUGAUUGUUUUCUUGCUUUGAAGGACUGAAACUUUGAAACCAAACGCAGAAUGGUAGUGACUCGAGAAAAUAGAAAUAACAAUCGUGUGUACUGUGUACCUACAAACCGUGCUGGAAGAUGGAGAUAUGUACUAUUUCUAAUGUUUGAUCUAGCAAUGCUU